AUGCCGCCGGCGCGGAGGCCUCCACCGCGCCUCCCCAACCACAGCAUCGCCGCCGCACCCACGCUCCUCCUCCCUCUCCUUCUCCUGCUCCUCCUCUCCCCACCAGCCGCCACCGCCGCGCAGCACCACCGCCACCACACCACAGGCGACGGCGUCGUCAUCUCCCAAGCCGACUACCAGGGCCUGCAGGCCAUCAAGCACGACCUCUCGGACCCCUACGGCUUCCUGCGCUCCUGGAACGACAGCGGCCUCGCGGCCUGCUCAGGCGCAUGGGCAGGCAUCAAAUGCGUCCUGGGCAGCGUGGUGGCCAUCACGCUCCCCUGGCGCGGGCUCGGGGGCACGCUCUCCGCGCGCGGCCUCGGGCAGCUCGUCCGCCUCCGCCGGCUCAGCCUCCACGACAACGCCAUCGCGGGGCCCGUCCCGCCCUCGCUCGGCUUCCUCCCGGACCUCCGCGGCCUCUACCUCUUCAACAACCGCUUCUCGGGCGCCCUCCCCGCCUCCAUCGGCGCCUGCGUCGCGCUGCAGGCGUUCGACGCCAGCAACAACCGCUUGACCGGCGCAAUCCCCGCCGCCGUUGCCAACUCCACCAGGCUCAUCCGCCUCAACCUCAGCCGGAACGAGUUUUCUGAUGUCAUCCCCGUGGAGGUCGUCGCCUCCGCGUCGCUCAUGUUCCUCGACCUCUCCUACAACAACCUCUCCGGACCCAUCCCCGACGCCUUCGCCGGAUCCGACAAGUCGCCGUCUUCCACCUCCAAGCUCGUCCUCGAGGAUGACGACAGCAGCAGCAACGACAAGGAGGCCAUCACCGGGAGCUACCAGCUCGUCUUCCUCAGCCUGGCGCACAACUCCCUCGACGGGCCCAUCCCGGAGUCCCUCACCAAGCUCACCAAGCUGCAACAGCUCGACCUCGCCGGCAACAUGCUCAACGGCACCAUCCCGGCGCAGCUCGCCGCGCUCUCCGACCUAAAAGCGCUCGACCUCUCCGGUAACACUCUCGCCGGCGAGAUCCCGCCAGGGCUCGACAACCUCACCGCGACGCUCCAGUCCUUCAACGUCUCCUACAACAACCUCUCCGGCGCGGCGCCGUCCUCACUGGCGCGCAAGUUCGGGGAGCCCGCGUUCACGGGGAACGUCCUGCUCUGCGGGUACUCUGCCUCCACGCCCUGCCCGGCGUCCCCGUCCCCCGCGCCGGCGUCGCCCGGGGAGGAACCACGCGGGCACGGAGGCCGGAAGUUCAGCAGGAAGGAGCUCGUGCUCAUCGUCGCCGGGAUCGUCGUCGGCGUACUCGUCCUGCUGCUCCUCUGCUGCCUCCUGCUCUGUUUCCUGAGCAGGAACAAGAGGUCUUCCAGCACUACUGCUGCUGGAACACGGAGCGGGAAGCAGGCGGCCAAGGAAGCCGGUGGUGCUGGCGCUGGUGCCGCGGCGGCCGGGCGCGGCGAGAAGCCCGGGUCCGGCGCAGCGGAGGUCGAGUCCGGCGGGGACGUGGGCGGCAAGCUGGUGCACUUUGAUGGGCCGCUGGCGUUCACGGCCGACGACCUGCUGUGCGCCACCGCGGAGAUCAUGGGGAAGAGCACCUACGGCACGGUGUACAAGGCCACGCUGGAGGACGGCAGCCUCGUGGCCGUCAAGCGCCUCCGGGAGAAGAUCACCAAGGGACACAAGGAAUUCGAGGCUGAGGCGGCGGUGCUGGGACGGAUUCGCCACCCCAACCUGCUGGCGCUCAGGGCAUACUACCUGGGGCCCAAGGGUGAGAAGCUACUCGUGUUCGAUUACAUGCCCAACGGCAGCCUCCACUCGUUCUUGCACGAGUUUCAGCAAAUGCUUCUUGAUUCAGGAAUUGUAAGACUGACAGAACUGGGUUUAGACCUGUCAAAAAUCCUGUCAGUCAGAGCCAGCGCCAAGACGGACGUGUACAGCCUGGGCGUCAUCAUCCUGGAGCUGCUGACGGGCAAGUCCCCUGCCGACAGCACCAACGGCAUGGACCUGCCGCAGUGGGUGGCGUCCAUCGUCAAGGAGGAGUGGACCAGCGAGGUGUUCGACCUGGAGCUGAUGCGCGACGCCGCCGCCGCGGCGGGCACCACCGCCGGGGACGAGCUCAUGGACACGCUCAAGCUCGCGCUGCACUGCGUGGACCCGGCGCCGGCGGUCAGGCCCGAGGCACGCGAGGUGCUGCGGCAGCUCGAGCAGAUCAGGCCCGGCCCUGAGGGCGGUGCAGGGCCGAGCGAGGAAGGUGGCGCCGCGCAUGUGCCGGCGGCUUCUGCUUCUGCAGGAGAUGAUGAGUAA